GUUUUUUUUUGGUAUAAAAUCAACCACACAUGGAUUCCAACUAGAAACAAAAGACCAGAUUUGUUGAUGUUUCUUCCUCUCUGCAGCGAAUUUAAUUUCUGAUCUGUUUCACUCAUCGUUUCUCUAGCUCUCUCUCUCUCUUUCUCUUUUUUUUUUUAUACUCGAAACUGGUUUUCGAUUUUUUCAAGAUUUCCAGGAGAUCCAAUCCCAGUCUCUCUUGAGCAGUUCCCAUAUAUUUUUGGAUUGCCUUUUCGUUUAUUUUUCUUCCCAUAAUUGUAUGAUCCUUGGAUUUGAACAUUUGUAACAAAUUAGGGAAAAAAAAUCGGGGCUUUGGAAGAAAUGAAUAUUGUUUUGAAACGAUCAGAUUCUCUUUGAAGCCUGACGGUGUUUCCCUGAAACUUUAUUUUUGGGGAACAGUCGAAUUUACCCGAGAGAUCAUCACUGUGGUCUGAGUAUCUCGAUUUUUUUUGUAAAAAAUAUGGCGAGAGGAAGAGUGGGAGAGAAAGAGGAAGGGGAAAAGCACAUAGGGUUACUAAAACUGGCCCAAACGCUAUCGUUUCUGCUCAUAUUCAUGGCCGGAAUCAUCAUCGGCCUCGCCGCAAGCUCCCACAUCGAUCGAUACUUCAAUUCGUUGCCGAGGAUGUUUUCACACACUACCAAUCUACAGACGAUUCCGUUUUCGACCCCUGACUACUCCAAUUGCACUAUCAUCCACCGGGAUUGCACAGGGGACGACGAGAACGACGACGAGGGAAGAAGGGCCAAGGCGGAGAAACCCAAGGAUCGGGAUUGCUGGAGCAUCGAUGGGUUUGUUCGGCCUGAGAAUCUGAGCCACGGGAUGAGUGACGACGAGCUGUUCUGGAGAGCGUCGAUGGUUCCGGUGAAGGAUGAGUAUCCGUACGACAGGGUUCCGAAGGUGGCGUUCAUGUUUCUGACGCGAGGGCCUUUGCCUAUGCUUCCGCUCUGGGAGAAGUUUUUCAAAGGCAACGACAAGUACUUGUCGGUCUAUGUUCAUACGCCUCCGCGAUACGACAUGAAUGUCUCUCGUGACUCACCGUUUUACGACCGGCAGAUCCCGAGCCAGAAAGUUGCAUGGGGAUCCGCACUAUUGACAGAUGCCGAGAAGCGUCUUCUGGCCAACGCAUUGCUCGACUUCUCGAACGAACGUUUUGUGCUUCUCUCUGAGAGCUGUGUCCCUGUCUACAACUUCUCAACUGUCUACAGUUACCUAAUAAACUCUGCCUACAGUUUUGUGGACUCUUAUGACGAGCCAACACGUUAUGGCCGUGGCCGUUACAGCCGCAAGAUGCUCCCAGACAUCAAACUCCACCAUUGGCGCAAAGGGUCUCAGUGGUUUGAAGUUAACCGUAAACUCGCCAUCUACAUCAUCUCAGACUCAAAAUACUACUCAUUGUUCAAACAAUUCUGCUUACCAGCUUGUUACCCAGAUGAGCAUUACAUACCGACUUUCUUGAACAUGUUUCACGGAUCAAUGAACGCCAAUAGAAGUGUGACAUGGGUCGAUUGGUCCAUAGGCGGUCCGCAUCCAGCUACGUAUGCUGCGGCUAACAUCACAGAAGAGUUUCUUCAAUCAAUUAGGAAAAACGAGACGGAUUGUCUUUACAAUGAAGAGCCAACCUCGUUAUGCUUCCUUUUCGCUCGGAAGUUCUCUCCUAGUGCCUUAGCUCCUCUUAUGAACCUGAGCUCUACAGUCCUGGGGUUUUGAGAAAAUAACUGAUUUCUUUCUCUUCUUGUUUUUCUACUUUGAUAGGGGAUGAGAUGAGAUUCUUCUUCUACGAGAUAUAUACAUAGGACCCUCUUCUUUUUUGUUAUUAGCUUCCUCUGGUUAUCAUCUCUUCUUUCUUUGAGGUUUCAUAGAGACAAAUGUAAAGGUCGAGCCUUUUGUAUGUAAGAGUUUUGCUUCUGCCGACCUGCAGAGCUAAUCUAGUUAUAGAUUACCAAUACUUUCUUUUUCAUCAACUUUUGGAAAAAUAGAAAUUAUACAUUUGAUCGAUUUGCUGAUUUUGAAUUCCAUUACUCUCUAUAAGCUUCAGGAGACCUCAACGAACUAUACAUACAAGUAUAAAACAACGAAAGUCAGGGAUCGGAAAAUAACGUAUCAGAUUAUGAUGUCGAACCAUAACACAAAUAAAUACCAGAGUUUGCAAAAAUUGCGAACAACAAAGCAAAAGGAAAAUUAGGGUGAUGGUGCACAAGAACUGGCGAGUUUGUCGAACUAGUUGCUCGAUUCAACUACCUUCGUCUCUUCUUCAUCUUGCCACCCAUGGGAGGACACUGGCUCCUGUUGUUGAGGACGAUGACCGUCCACAGAGUUUGACCACGGCGUCUGAUUAGCCACCUGUCCUGGCCCGGGAUUCGACCACUGUGGCUGCUGAUGGCUACCUGUCUGAUUAGACCAUGGUUGUUGUUGCUGCUGCCCUGUCCACGCUGACUGCUGACCAGCUGUCUGAUUAGCCCAUGGUUGCUGCUGGCCGGUUGUCUGAUUCGCCCACGGUUGCUGCUGGGUGGUUGUCUGAUUAGCCCAUGGUUGCUGCUGGCCAGCAGUCUGAUUAGUCCACGGUCGCUGCUGGUUAGCCCACGGUUGCUGAUGACCAUUGUUCUGAUUAGCCCAUGGUUGCUGUUGACCAUUGUUCCGAUUAGCCCACGGUUGCUGCUGGCCAGUUGUCUGAUUAUCCCAUGGUUGCUGCUGACCUGAAGGACUUGACCACCCCUGUUGCUGAGACCAAGACUGCUGCUGUUGAUAUCCCGGUGCCUGAUUCGACCGUGAUGGUGCCUGUUGCCCUGCCGUCUGAUUAGACCAUGUUUGCUGCUGCUGGUUCACCGAAGUGUUGGACCAAGACGGACUCUGGUUAUUAUUUUUGUAAGUGCCUCCGGCUGUUUGACCUACACUUCCAUUGGCCCAACCUGAAUUAGGAUGGCUCUCCCAUGGGGCCUUCUCUCUAGGCUUAUGAGGAGCUGCGAAUGCGGUUCCUAACACUGCGGAUACACUAGGUGAAGUGUUACCCGAUGGCCCAGAGUUUCUAACCGGCCGGGUAACCGAAUUCAAGAUUUUCUCAAUCUCCUCACGACGCCCUGCUUUCUCAAAUGUCUCGAUGAUGAAUUCCCGCAGCACAGGAGCAACCCCUACACCAUGUCCAACCAUCUCACCGAUAGUGUCCUUGGCUUGGUCAAGUGCACCACCGUCACAAAGACCUCUAACCACCACAUCGUAAAUCGAAGGGUCUGGUUUCGGUUCCUUUUCUCCCAUCUUAGUCAAAACCUCUGCAGAUUCCGUGAGCUUACCAUUCUUAAUCAGCUCGCCAAAGACCCUCGUGCCGAAAUCAGCAACCACCCUUAGAUUCACAUCAACCAUCCUGUUCAACAUCUUGAGAGCAUCGUCGAUUCUCUCUGCCUUGAGAUAAGCAUCAAUCAUUGCUCUGUGGCUUGGAGCAUCAGGGGGCAAGGAUUUGGCUAUACUUUCCGCAAAGAACCUUUCAGCCUCUGGUAACAUCCCUUGUUCACAGAAUCUUGUUACUAUGUUACAGUAACCCACAUAAUCCAUCACAAACGCCCUCGAGGUCGGGUUACUCCCAACUUUCUUGAAUGUAUCAAUUGCUUCCGUAAACUGCCCCAUCUUGAAACAUUCAUUUACCAUUAUACUAAUCGUCUCCGAAUUCACGGAAAGGAUGUUAGGAGGGGUGUGAUUAUCCAACAUCUCAUUGAACAGAGCCCAAGCUUCAGUCUUUUUACCAUACUUGAGAAAAACUUGCAAAAGUACAUUUCCAGUUGGCGGAUGCAUUCUGAAUUUCUUAUCUAACAAAGACCUGUACGACUCCAUAGCUUCCUUAUCCUUACCCUGCUCGAACCAGUACUCCAUAAAGGUCGCAUUCACAAUCCCAUCAUAAACCGUACACUUGGUUUUCAACUCAUCGAAGAACUCGUUGGCCUUAUCUAAAUCGCCAAGGUCCAAGUACCCUUUUAUCAGAUUGUUGUACACCAUGGAAUCCGCAGCUUGGCCUUUGCUCAACAUCUCCCUCAAUAAACUCGCAGCAUCUUUGAUCCUUCCAGCUUGAACCAAACCUUUUGUCAAAUGUCUGUAAGUAACCGAGGAUGGAGCAAAAGGAGCAUUUGCCAAUAUGUGGCGGUACACUUCAAGGGCUUCGUCUACAUGCCCUUCGUCACAAUGGGCGUUGAUGAUCUGAUUGUAGGAGACGACAUUGGGGACGAUGUUAGACUGCUUGAAGAAAUAUUCGAAGAGAGAAAUCGAUUCACUGUAACGCUUGGCUCGGUACAUGGCGGCGAUGAUGGCGUUGCAGGUGAACACGGUGGGUCGAGUAUUGGAAAACACAGACUGGCGAGCGAGCCGUGACGCUGCGUCGAGAUCCGAUGCUCUGAUCAGUGACUGAACUCUGUUGUGCAGGUUAAGCCGUGGGCCGACGAGUGAAGACGUUGAAUCCGGAAGCCGUGGCGCGUUGGGAUCGCGUUUCGGAGGAGGAGCUGAGGGAUCUCUUCGGAGAGCGUGGAGAGGAGGCUCGAUCCGGAGCCGGCGUUUGCGACGGCGACGCUCGGCCGCGGCUUCCUCAGCUGAUGAGAAAGCCAUGGUUCGCUGCGGGAUCGGUGGAUAGGAAAUUGGAGGUGAAUGAUUCGGAGGAAUCUGGAAUUGGGAAGUAUCAUUGGCUGGAAAUGAUUUAGGGUCUGGGCACGUCUCAGAAUCUUUAUUGUCAGUGUUCGUCUCCGGAUUAUCCGGGGAAAUUGAGAUGUUGUAGAAGCGUUGCUGGAUGUGAGAGAUCGGAAUAGGGCUUCGGCUUGUGGUGGUGGCGGCCGCACGGAGGCGGUGCAAAAGGGGGGAACGACGGAAGAGGUGACAGAGAGACAUGGCCGAGGAAAAAGGCUAGGGUUUUAGAGGUAGACGAAGCCGAAACAAGACGAUGGCUUAAACCCUUAAAGUGAAAUGAAAAUGGGAUAUUUAACGACAAACAACCAAAGAAACAAUAAAUGAACUGGGU